AUGAAAUCUUUUCGCCAAGAAGCAUCAUUUACUACACUGUGGCAAAGCGUGGUUGGUGAGGCAAGUGAUCUUCAUCUUGAGAGCCCGUCUGUGCCCAGGCCUCGUAAACGUCCCUGCCGCCUGGAGGAUGGAGGUGCCCCGCAGCACGCAUUUAAAACUCCCGAGGACGUCUACAGACAGCUGUACUAUGAUGUUAUUGACACAGCAGUCACCUCAUUGGACACUCGAUUUAGUCCGUCCGUGUUUGAUUACAUGAAGAAAGUGGAAGAUUUUCUCACUGGAAAGAAGAGCUGUGAAAGCAUCAUUGAGUUCCACGGAGAUGAUUUGGAUGAGACGAGGUUAACGUUGCAUCGUGACAUGUGUAUGGAUUUGGCCAAACAAAAAGGACCCAAAGAACAGAGAGGUGAUUCCCAGGCGGACGGAGCUGAUGGGCUGCACCUUGAGGUGGACUGGAGCAGCGGAGCAGGCUGUUAUGGCUUCUUCUGCUGCCCGUGCAUGGCCUGCUCUGUGGCCGGCGGCUUGGGGGAGAAUCGCUGUCUGCCUCUCUGUGACAUCUUCAGCCCGGCCAUCACUGCAUCCUGCGGGCUGCCCCUGUGUGUGCCCCCCUCUGCCCUGGCUCUGAGGGUCGCCAUUAGGCACAGAUAUGGUAUCAAGGGUUCUCUGUGUAAGGACAUUUGCUCGUCCUGUUUCUGUGAGUGGUGCUCCUACUGCCAGAUGCAUCGUGAGAUCAAAUACCGCAAGAAACAGCCACAGUAG